CCAGAGGCACGGUGGUGUCACCCGCUGUGAAACGCUUACCACACAAGGUUACGAAACAGACGCCAUAUUGGCUCAACUAAGUCGCUAGCGUGGGAAUCUCAUGCCACUUCAGCGUAGCUUGAGCCAAAAUGUCCAACCCUUGCUGCAGUUCGUAGUAACCUUCUCUCCAUUAAACGUUUGGGGGAGGGAUAUACGGGAGCUAUCGCGCAAACUACUUCUUCCUACACUUCUGUGGAGCUCUGGAAAAUGGCCUAGCUGCUCCUGGAGAUAUCCUGCAGAUGUCAAAGACAUUAUCGCUAGCUUAUAUGACGCGAAGUGUGUUGGAUUUUACCCGGGGAGUUACAUGGCUGAAUCGUGCGUGAAGAUGAUGGUAAUAAUGAUGAUGAUGAUGAUGAUGAUGGGGAUUCCACCGGUUUGGCUGUCCAAUGUGUGUGAGACUGGAUGAGACAAGGGCUCUAUCAGGAGCCUUUGUGCAGACUGACCUGCAGUUACUGAAGAGGACCUCUGGGCAGGUUCACACAUCACUUGGCAGGGUGGAGUUUCUUGACCCAUGGAGAAUUACUUCCAGGCUGAGGCCUUUAACCUGGACAAGGUGCUGGAUGAGUUUGAACAGAAUGAAGAUGAAACGGACACGCCGACUCUCUCGGAUGCCAAGUGGACUCAGAUUCUGGCCCCGCCAUCACACCUCCUUUCCCUGAAUCCAGCACUGACCCACUCUGACCUCAGCCCAAGGGACAGCCCUAUCAGCUUCAAGCCUCUUCUGGAUGCCCAGAUGUCAGAUGGCCCCUCUUUGGCUGAGGUCACCAGGUUAGAGGGGAAACAGGGACUGGGGCAACAGCCAGAGGGCAGGAGUGAAGAACGGCCAGCAGAUGUUCAUAGUCCCCCUCUGCCCCAGCCCAACAUUGGCAAGCUGGUGAGCACUGAUGGGCAGUUGGCAGACUUGCCAGCCUCCAGCAGCGUGGUGCUGGAAAACGGCUAUCCAGCUAGUCCUGGACAUAGCGGCCGGUCUGACGUCCUUCUAGCCAAUGAAGAUGAGACAAGUCAAGCUGUUACAGAUCAGCAAAGUGUUAAGGACACUUGUGAGCUUAAGAUGGAGCGGAAUGGUACUGAUGAGGGAAGUGGUGCUGGUCAUGAUGAACCUGGGAAUAGGUCACCUGUUUUAAAGAAUGGUGUUAAGAUACAGGCAAUCAAGCCUGAAGGUGGUUCACCUGUCCAUGAGGUCAGAAUGAGGGACUGUAAUCUGGUAUUUCCAGAAGGAAGUAAUCCCCAGAAAGGGGAAGCAGUAUUGCACAAAUCAGUGAAUGGUGACGGAGAACUGGAUUUUGAGAGGGAGAAUCAUGAGGGUGUCUUUCAGAAUGGUGGACUGGUCGAGAAUGAAAGUACAGGGAAAAAUACCUGGGCGUCAGAUCAGGAAGAGAAAGAGAAAACACUAGAGAAUGACCACAAAGGGAUUCACGGAGACUCUGAAUCAUCAGGGGCGGAGAAGUCCCUGUCCAAUGGUCUGAUUGUGGACCUUGAUGGAGAUGCACACAGUCAGCCAGCAGUCCCUUCAAAGGAGGACUCUGUGACGGAAGAAAAAGAGAUGGAGGAGAGCAAACAAGAGUGUUGUGAUCCAGUUCGAGGACUGGAAUCUUGCAGAACUGGCAAACUCAACAACAGCCGGCUACAGCCUGUCAGCAUUCCCUACGGUGGUGCCCGCCCAAAACAGCCUGUCAGUCUGAAGCUGCAGAUUCCCCAGCCUCUCUCGAGCCAAGUUAAGAAUGAAUUUGGCUCUACUGGCAAGAACAAGAACCUGGAGCCACAGAGUAUGACAGGAGUCCUUGAGACAUCUUGUGGAAUAACCGAGUCUGGGGUUGUUCGAAUGAAUGGAGAGCAAGGAGAUGGCUCUUCAGGCUUACUCAUCCCAUCUGAGAGUCCAGACAAUGAUCUCCAGGCAGGCCAGCAGGGAGCCUUCUCUAAGAAACCCUUCAGCUCCUUGGGGGAAGUGGCUCCUGUUUGGGUUCCUGACUCCCAAGCACCCAUUUGCAUGAAGUGCGAGGUCAAGUUCACUUUCACUAAAAGAAGACAUCACUGUCGGGCUUGUGGCAAGGUGUUCUGUGCUGCUUGUUGUAGUCUGAAAAGCAGGCUGAUGUACAUGGACAGGAAAGAAGCAAGGGUUUGUGUUACCUGCCACCGUGCACUCUUGAAUGCUCAAGCAUGGGAGAACAUGGGAGGUGGUUGCAACCAGAGUCCAAAUCCCAACAACCCAGCUGAGUACUGCUCCACAAUUCCCCCUCUGCAGCAAGCCCAGGCAUCAGGAGCACUCAGCACCCCACCACCAACAGUCAUGGUGCCUGUUGGUGUCCUUAAACAACCAGGGUCUGAAGGUACUCUUCCUCGAGAGCAAAGAAGGGUUUGGUUUGCUGACGGUAUUCUACCCAACGGGGAAACUACAGAGUCUUCUAAAGGGCCGCCGGCAAACCCCAACCCCUCACAGCCUGUGGCAACAUCCCAAAGCUCAAACAAAUCCUCAGGAGCCAAUGCUUCUGAGACGGCCCGUGCCACUGGAGCCUCGACCGCCAGCCCUGUGGGCAGCUCUCUCAGUCUGAUCCCAGAGGACGGACUUCCUCCCAUCCUCAUCUCCACAGGCGUCAAAGGAGGUACGGGAGGCCACAUCACAGACUAUGCUGUGGAGGAAAGACCUUCUGAGAUUGUGCUGAUGCAGCAGCUUGAGGAGGGUGGCCCUGAUCCCCUCGUGUUUGUCCUCAAUGCCAACCUGCUGGCCAUGGUCAAACUGGUCAAUUAUGUAAAUAGGAAGUGCUGGUAUAUGACUACAAAGGGUAUGCAUGCCGUGGGCCAGGCCGAGGUUGUAGUGCUUCUACAGUGCCUCCCUGAUGAGAAAACCAUUCCCAAGGACGUCUUCAGCCACUUCGUCCAGCUGUACCGGGAGGCUCUCACAGGAAAUGUGUUAAGUCACCUGGGCCACUCCUUCUUCACUCAGAGCUUCCUGGGCAGCAAGGAGCAUGGCGGCUUCCUUUACAUCAGCCCCACCUUCCAGACCCUGCAGGACCUUCCGUUGCCUAACCCACCCUACCUCUUUGGUAUCCUGGUGCAGAAGUGGGAGACCCCCUGGGCUAAGGUCUUUCCCAUCCGACUCAUGCUCCGCCUAGGGGCGGAAUACCGAUUCUACCCCUGCCCACUGUUUAGCGUUCGCUUCAGAAAACCCCUUUUUGGAGAAACCGGUCAUACCAUCAUGAACUUGCUGGCAGACUUCAGAAAUUACCAGUACACAUUGCCGGUGGUGAAGGGGCUGGUGGUGGACAUGGAAGUGCGGAAAACGUGCAUCAAGAUACCCAGUAACCGUUACAAUGAGCUCAUGAAGGCAAUGAAUAAGUCCAACGAGCAUGUGCUGGCAAUGGGCGCAUGCUUCAAUGAGCGGGCGGAUUCCCAUCUUGUCUGUGUUCAGAACGAUGAUGGUAACUACCAGACGCAGGCCAUCAGUAUUCAUCACCAGCCUCGCAAAGUGACUGGUGCCUCCUUCUUUGUGUUCAGCGGGGCUUUGAAGGCUUCAUCGGGCUACUUGGCUAAGACCAGCAUUGUGGAAGAUGGCGUGAUGGUGCAGAUUACAGCUGAAACGAUGGAGGCCUUACGGCAAGCCCUGAGAGAGAUGAAAGAUUUCAGUAUUGCCUGUGGGAAAGCUGAUCAGGAUGAGAACCAGGAACACGUCCAUAUCCAGUGGGUUGAUGAUGACCACAACGUCAACAAGGGAGUGAUCAGCCCCAUUGAUGGGAAAUCCAUGGAGUCAGUCACCAGCGUUAAGAUCUUCCAUGGCUCGGAGUAUAAAGCCAAUGGGAAAGUCAUCCGUUGGACAGAGGUGUUCUUCCUACGGAGCGAGGACCAGACCAAUGGCCUGAGUGAUCCUGCAGACCACAGCCGACUCGCCGAGAAUGUGGCAAGGGCUUUCUGCAUGGCCCUGUGCCCUCACCUCAAACUUCUCAAAGAGGACGGCAUGGCCAAACUGGGCCUGCGGGUUACUUUGGACUCUGAUCAGGUGGGCUACCUAGCAGGCAGUAACGGUCAGCCACUGCUCCCCCAGUACCUGAGCGAUCUAGACAGCGCCCUCAUCCCAGUGAUCCACAGUGGGGCCUGCCAGCUAAGUGAGGGGCCUGUGGUGAUGGAGCUCAUCUUCUACAUCCUGGAGAUCAUCUCUUAAAAGGAAGGAUUCCGUCCAGUCUCAGACUCAUGCCUCCCACCAGCUAGAGUCCCUCUUCGCGCUCUCGCUCUCUCUCUCAUUUGCACUUCAAAGAGCCUGAAAGCUGUGCAGGAACAAGUCCUCCAUACCACCUAUGCACCAUCUCCACUGGGACGCCCUCUGCCCAGCCCCGCUGAAUGUGGUGCUCUCUUUCCUUUCUUCUCACCUUUCAACUCCACUGUGGAAACCAUUGGCCCUGUUGAGUCAAAAGGGGUGGUGACCCCGAAUACGAUCUCUUCAGAACCGUUGUAGCAACACUAAGCUCCUGGAACACAAGAGGGCGCUCUACACACUCAGCCCUAAUGGAGACUGUCCAGAUGUUGAUGUUGGCCGAGAGAAGAACUGUAGAGGGAAGGUUUGUUCUAUGAAAUGGUUUCUGGUACACAGUGCCUGGGCCUCAAGAAGAAACGAAGAAUGAGCUUCGGUUUCGCCUCUAAGCUUUAUGAAUCACCAGAUGCUUUAUUUCAUGAAUAUGGACCUUGUUUUUUUUUUUUUUUUUUUGGUAGGGUAAAACUGCUCCAAAGCUAAAACGAUGUAGCUUCUUCAGAGAUGGACUGCUUGGCAUGGUAGCGGAAAGAUUGUGGAACAGUAUUAGGAAUGUUGACGAUUGAGUUACUGUUACAAAGGUCAAGAACAGACCUUUGUCACAGACUUUAUUAUUAUUAUAAGACAAUAUGAUCGAACAAUAAUUUCAAGCGGCCUUCAGGAAUUCAACUACAACUUUAAGUUUGACAUAAUGGUAGGUUUUGACAUGACUGAAGGUUUCAGUCCAAUAAAGCUUUUAUAAUGGAUUGGUUUGGGCCGUGAUGGAGGAUGAAAUGUUACCAUUUUUCUGGGCUGCUGCAUUAAGCAUCCUGCCCCAUCUCUGUCCCAUCCCAUCUCUCACCCUUUUUAGUAGCCCAUGUUCAUAUAAUGUUCUGCCAAUGUUUUAUCAUUUAAAGGAUUGUGUAAGGAAUAGAAAUGCAGUGCACAGGAUAUUAAGCCAUCAUUAGGAAAUAGAAAGAGAGAAUAAAGAAGAAUGGAAUUACUGAUAUUUAAGUAUUAUUCAAAGAUGAAUGCUGUAUUCAUUGAUGAGGAAAGUUUGGAUUUUGGUAUUGAAGCACCUGUUUGUUAGGUUGGGGUCAUUAACUCCGUUAUUUUCUCACAGUGUUAAGGUGUGGUCACAUUAGAGGGAUUUCACAAGCAAAUAAGGUCUAUUUUCAAUAUUGUAGUGUUAUAUAAAGCACAGCUCACGCAGAAGUCACUUUUAAACCAAGUAACAUUCUGUUGGUCAGCAUGGUGAAUCUCUGAUUCCAUGCAUGGAUUCCUAUUGAAAUGACUGGAUUUUGUUUGCAAAUGUAAAUGUGACUGUGCUUUUCAAUCAUGUUUUAUUUCUAUAGAGAUGCCAAGAUCAUUAUCAAUAUGCUUUAGCAGGGCUCCAGACUGAUACAAGAAUAGUCGCGAAUGUGACGAAAUACAAAUUUGCAACAAUUAUGAGAGUGUUUUUGUGUAUCAUAGUUUCGUACGGAGCCCCUAAACGUUCAUGGUGUUGGAGGAAAAAAUUAUAUUUAAAUGUUUAUGCAUUCUCUAAUCUCUUGCAAAUCGUUUUUUGUUCCCCCCGAUAAUGCAUUCAAAACUUUGUAUACUAUAUUUCAACGCUUUUGCGAGAGAAUGCAAAAAGCAUCGAAAUAAACAUUUUCCUCCCAUCUCAUUUUUUUCCAUCACCAUGUCCUAUUAGCGGCUCUGUUGUUUCGUUAUAUAUCAUUUCGUGAGGUGCUGUUAGUUAAUUUCAACUUUGGAGGGCACAUUGUUGUCUGCUCAGCGCCAUCCGUGAUUCACGGACAAAUGAGUUAUUUUUAAAUGGAUUUGUGAGUUAGCAUGUUUAAUCAGACUCAGUGAAUCAUUCAAAGCUGUUACAGAGUUAGCAAAUGUUUUACUAAACUGCAAGUCAGUUGUCAAUUAUGAACUUCAAGCGCUUCUAAACAAGCAUCUUUAUCGAGCGGUUUUAGUAAUUUCAUUUUAGGAGCCAAUAGCUACCCAGUCAUGUUUAUUAGUCUGGAGCCCUGCCUUUAGAUAAGCAGGAGAUUCCCUAAUUCAGCUUGUUUUGUUAUUGAUUGAUGUAAUGUGGUAUCAGAUAGAAUAAUCCUUGAGAACAUUCACUUCUUAAGCAGGACUUAUUAUUUUAAGAAACUUUUUGUGUUUGUGGUGUUGAUUUUUCACUCGUAUAGAGAAAAUUAAUUACUACAAGAGUUAGCCAGGUAAAUAUGAAACUCUCCCGAAAUGGAAAACUACCAAUAAGAGGAGCUCUUGGAAUUUGGGACAUCACUGUGGAUCACAUUUUAAGAGAAAAUGGCAUUUGCCUUAAAAUUUCAUAAACCGAUACGUCCAUCAUCAAGACAUUCCAAAGGUCAACUAGAUUGUCAAUCAUGUCUAAACUGAUAGAAAGACAUUGUAACCUCUGAGUGUUUUUAACAAGCCGUCUUUAGAUAACUAGUCAUUAUUAAAAUGGCGUCAACUGAUGUAGUAUCUUGACAUGACAAUCAAAUUGUAGUUAACCUUUUAGUCAGAUAACAAAGUAAAGGUGGCAUGGUAACAUAUUCUCCUGUUUUGCAUAAUGACUCAGAUAUGGUUGGUUUCAUCAGACGGCCUACGCAUGAAUGAGGACAGCAGCUGAUACGACGGUCCACAGCAAGUGAACCUCACAGCCUUUUUAUUAGCAGGUCAACCGCUGAGACAAUAGUCAUGUGUUUCUGGCUUUUGUUGAAGAGCGCCGACAGCUUUGGAAGCAGACUGUUCAUGAAAAAUAAAUGGCAUUUCAUGAAGGCUGUAUUGUCUUCCCAUUAACAGAGCUCAAAACAGCCUUUUGUUACUCCCUGUAUCCACCUUUGCCAUUGUUUUUCUAGAUGUGCUGUAUUGUAUAUCAUGACAUAUUUUGUUAACCAUAGCCGUUUUUUUUUUUUUUUUUUUUUUUGGGUCGGCCCAAAGCGUAUCGCAGCAUGCAUGCUGAAACAAACGAGAACUUGUAAUUCUCAGAAAAUCUUUGCAUUUUGACAGCAUUUCAGAGGAAUAUCUGCUUUGAAGAACAGUUUUACAUACUAUUGGUUUGAUCUGUGAUGAAUUACUGCUAAAACCUGACAUGGGUGAAAUGGAAAUAAAUUUGCAAUGUAUGAAAAGCCAAAAGGAAAAGAAUACAACCUUUCUUUAUUGUACACUACAAAUGUCAAUAAAAGCAGUCUUUAUCAAACCUGUUGAAUAUACAAAAACAUGUCAUGGUUGUACAUAAAACUGAAAUGUUUUUAUAUUAAUAGUUUCCAUUAAAGGUAAAAUAAAACUAUCCAUUUCAAUCAAGAAAAA